AUGUCGUUUCUGGCGCGCGGACUCUCGAAUCUCAUCGGAAUCGUCGUGCCCAUCGUGCACACGUUCAAAAUACUCAAAAAGCCGACGAACAAAAAAUUGGUGAGUCGAAAUUUGAGGCAUUCCUUUUAAUUCUCAUUUUUUGCAGAUCCAAUCAACGCAGUACUGGGCAGUAUACGGCUCGCUUCUCGUCAUCGACUGGCUCCUCAACACGUUUUUCAUCUCGUGCCUCAUUCCAUUCUAUGAUUUUUUCAUUCUCACGUUCACAGUGCUCAUGGCCAUUCCGCAAGUCGGCUUCGCCACUGUUCUCUACACAAAAGUACGGUUUUUCACCUGAAAAUGUUGAAAAGUGUUUUCGGGCGCAGGAAAAUGCCCAGAAACUACUGUCUUCGGCUAUUCUUACACAGUUCCCUAUUUUUCAGUUUCUCGCUCCGUUUCUGCGCAAAUACGAGCGUCGAAUCGAUCGAUUGUCCGGAAAAAUCGUCGACAAAAUGUGGGAGAGGCUGCCGUUGAUGGUGAUCACUUUGCCGGCUGUUCUCGCAUCGGUUAGUGCGGAGAAAAAAGGUUAAAUUUUCAAAAACAAAUUUCAGAUGGUUACUGCGAUCGCGGAUGCCCCACCGGUCCCGUACUCAGCGCUAGAAAUCGAAGAAGACGUGCCGGAUGCGUCGGAAACGAUCGGCAACGUCCGAAAAUUGCCGCGUUUUCAACGAAAUGCGAUAAAUCGAAGUGUGGAAGUGCAAUCGGACGAUUCGGACGCCGAUCAAUACGAGCCCUGUCUGCCCGGGACCAUGGAGAUCAAGCGGGAACCGCUGGAGGAAGAGGAACAGCUCGCCGAGCUGCCAGUCCGCCCAAAAAUGCUGAAAAGUCCGAAAGUCGCCGGAAUGCUCACCCGCCGACGCCUCCGCUCCCAAUCUGUCCUUUAG